UCCUCUGGACCGCAUCCUGUUGAGAGGAUCACAUUCUCCACCUCAGUCACAUACUUGAAUAGCGGAGUAAAGGGUCCAGUUUUUUUUCUUUGGAUGUUUUUUCCCCCAGAAAACUACGAUCAAAUGCUGCGAUAGCAACACUUCCAUCAACAUAAAAGGUUUAGGGUUCAGCCCCACCUCAUGUGCCCCCUAGCCGGUCAAAAUGUCCCGUUUUCUGAGGCAUUUCACCACUGUGGGUGAUGCGCAAAACAACGCCGAGCAGUGGCAGGACGAGGAACCGGAGCAUGCAAGCGAGGACAUUGAAGUUUCAACUGGGCAGGAGCUGGGUCAGGUCAGCUUCAGAGACUCAUUACGCCGCCUCUACAAGUCAGAGAGGUUUCAGAUUGUUGUUGUGUGCCUGGUUGUUCUGGAUGCCAUUUUUGUGCUGUGCGAGUUGCUUAUUGACUUGUCUAUCAUUGAAGCGGAUCAUCACAGAAUUGCCCCGCAGAUAUUCCACUAUCUCAGCCUCUCCCUUCUGACGUUUUUCAUGGUGGAGCUGUCUGGAAAAAUCUUCGCCUUCCGCCUGGAGUUCUUCCGGCAUAAGUUUGAGGUGUUUGAUGGGAUUGUGGUGACGGUGUCCUUCAUCCUGGAUAUUGUAUAUGUGUCAAAAGAAGAUGCAUUUGAUGCCAUGGGCCUACUGAUCCUGCUCAGGCUGUGGAGAGUGGCCAGGAUCAUAAAUGGUAUCAUGGUGUCAGUGAAAAAUCGUGCCCAUCACAAAGUUCUUAAACUAAAGUCAAUCAAUGCAAACCUCGUUCAUCAAGUCGAUGAACUCAAAGAGCAGAACACAAUAAUGGACCAAGAAAACGACAGGCUUCGGACCCUAUUAAAGCAGCACAGCAUUGAGUUUUGAUGCUCACAUGCCUGGCAGAAUGCUCAAUAAAUCAAACAACUUGUUACUGUUAACUUGAGACUGUGCUGAAGAUGAAUCACGUCAUUUCAUGUGAAAUGUGAAGAAAUGCAUGAUGCAGCGCAUAGGGUAUGUUAUUAAAAGUGUAAAUAUAGUGAUUUACAUACAGCAAGGUCAAAUUUUAAUGUGCAAAAAAUGUAAUUCUGUAAGCUAUGUGAAGUGUAUGAAUUGUCAUUUUAAGAUUAAAUAGUUCAAUAGUGAUUGAUUAUUAUUUUAAAUAAAUGAUCUGAAGUCUUUAGCUGUUGACCAAAUGAAGGCUAUGCAGUAAGCACUACAUGAAAACAAAAAAGAAGGAAAUAGUGACGGACUUGUGUUUAUCUGUUUAUCUAGGCUGAUAACCAUGAGUAUUUAACCAAGCACAUGUUUUGUUUUCAAAUGGUUUUUGUGAAUUUUGUGAAAUGAGCAUUCAUUUAACUUAAGUGAGGUUUGUGUAUCUAUAUGAAUUGGUUAUUGUCAUAGUCUGUCCUUUAGACUGUAUUAUCAGCCCUUAAAAACAACAGUAUAAAAGUAUUCUUUAUUUACAAAACAAUGUGAUGACUGCAUUAUAUACA